CAUUGUGGUCACACUAGAUACUGAAGUCAAGAGUCUGAAUGGACUGCAAACGUGCACGUAAUGUCUUAAAAAGUGGACGACAUUCGCGCUUUGUAUUUGGACCCCUGGUCUCUGAAGACCUGGAUCAUAUGGAGAGACACAGAACAUCCUACUCAACGAAUCCCUGGACUGCUGUAACCCCAUGAAAGUGUUAGUUACAUAUGCCGUUGGAGCACCAGUUGCAGAUCACAACCAGUGAGGCAAUCUUUGGGUCCAUUUCAUCAGUACAUGAACUUGAUUGGGAGCAGGACUGAGAGCAGGCUGUGCAAUGUCUCCUCCGGUAGAUGGAACGUCUCUUUCGAAGAAGUGGACUGCUGUGAAGGUGGUCGUCGAUGACUAUAUGUCCACGGCGACUGUGCAUGGAUUCAGCAGGGUCAUCGGGAAACAGUUGUACUUUGGGCGAAGGUUCUUUUGGCUCCUGGUCGUCCUUGGCGCCGGUGUGGCUCUGGCUAUCCAGGUGUACGCGGAGUUUGAAGUCUACAAUGCCCGACCUACGUUAAUCAAAGAACAGUUCAGGGACAUUGUGGACAUGGUCAAAGAGCUGCCGACCAUUAGCCUCUGCCCCUUGAAAGGUUUUGAAGGAAUAGUGAACCACUCCUCCCCUUCGCCUCUCACUCGAGAAGAGAUGGUUAUGCAGAGAUUCGCCUACCCAUCAUCACAUAUAUCAGAGAGUCUUUUGUCCAGUGUCCACAUUAAAGUGUACGGAUGGGACGAUACUGGACAUCCCGACACGCCAGGACGUCAGACGUUUCUCAGUCCAUUUAGAUUACAGGAGCUGUCUGCGAGUCGCUUCUUGAACAGGUCAUGGGAGAUAAGUGAUGGUCUACCAGCUUUUUUUAAUGACUCAGAUUCUGGAGAGGUGUUGAAGAUCCUUGCUAGAUCAAGCCGUGUUCUGGAUGUGAAGGGCUGCCCAAGAAAGAUACAGUCAUUGUAUGAUCUCCCAUGUUGCAGCAACUUCUUCUCAGAAGUCUUUACAGAGACGGGAGUGUGCCAGACCCUCAAUAUGACAGCACUUAUCAAGGAAGGCAAACGGAAGGGUUUCUUCGCUGAGAACAGGUUCCUAGUUGUCGUUGAUGCCAUGAUGCAGACAGACUUAACGAUGUUCACAAACGUGAAAGGAAUUCAGGUCGUCGUCCAUGCUAGCGAUGAUCCAGUCAUGCCGACCAAGAGUGGGGUCUUCGUUCCUUCCGCCACACACUCCAAACUGACCAUCGAUACCACAAAGAGAAUAAAUUUACCACCACCGUUUACAACAGCCGAUGGAUUCUGUAUUGACACUGAUGCCGAACCUUUUUCCCGAGUUUUGACGAGGUUUCCCGAACACAAAUACAGUUUGUACGCCUGUGAAAGGGAGUGUCUCAUUAACUACACCGUCAGCGUGUGUGGGUGCAGGCAUCCUUGGGAUCCAGGAGCGGAAGACAUAUGCAGUAUUACCAGGACGGUGGAAUGCAUCUGGGAAGCUGUUGACCAAUUGGUGAAAACGCAACUUUGCGGUCAUGUGACUGUCCGUCCCCCUGCAUAUCCUCCAUCCACGAACUGAAGCUCCACUCCGCAUUGUUGGGUCAGUUUGGAGAUAACUUGCGGGAAGGUGCACGUGGAGUUGAUGGGGAAACCUGUGAUUCUUUGAGAGAAGCAUUGUCUAAAGGAUUCCGCGGUAUCCAACUCAUUGACGUAGGGUUCCCCAUGAAAAUACGAGAAGUGAGGCAGACACAGAUGAAGACCAUCGGUGAUACACUGGCUGCCCUUGGGGGUCUCAUCGGCCUGUUCCUUGGAUUCAGUAUCGUGUCUGUGGCGGAGAUUGCCGAACUACUGUUUCUAAUGCUCCGAGGCAUCACUUGUCGGAUAAGGAAGCAGGAGACCCAGGUUCAAAGUGUGAAGUAAAUUGAUGGUUACAUGUCGAUUGCUACACGCUGUCCGGCCAUAAUAUACAAUUGAGACAUGUCAUCGCAAUCAGUGGAUCUAAGCGCGUUGGGUUCCUUGUGAACGGGCUGGUUACUUCAAUAUACAUGUAUCUGUUUUUGACCCCCCAUACUAAGGUAUUCUAUUGCUGACAUAAAAUUAAUUGUUGUCCAAGCAUAAUGAUUGAUUACAGACCUUUCGCGUUCAUGGAAUGCGAUGUUCACAGCAGGGGUAAGAAGAAAAAACUUCUUCGUGGGUCUCAACGCGGUGAUUGUCAAGUUCAGAGAUGCAAACUGUCUCAUGUAUCGAUGUACGGAUUUUACGCAGCUUUGGAAUCCAGUACGAGAGAAAUGAAUAUGUCUUCGGGGUUUAGAGUCAAAUUUAAAGCUGAUUCUACUAAUGAAUGGUUUGGGCAGAUUUCUUCCUCAGUUGACCUACUGGCCUUAUACAGGUCCUUUUUAGUGGCAUUGUUAGAAGUUGGAGAGUCAGAUAAGGACAAACUUUAUGGACGAACAACUUCUUUAUUCAGAUGAUGCAACGUUUCAAUACAGAUUCUUGUAUCGUUGUGAAGCAGGUACCUGCUUGACAACGAAACAAGAUUCUAUACCUGCUUCACAACGAUACAAGAAGUGUUUCACCCAUAAAGUUUGUUCUUAUCGUAUGCAUGACAUUAUUUUAUGUCACUUCUACCAAAUUGUAUGAUUAAACAAUUGAUGUCGUGA